UCAAACACCAGCUUCCAAUGGGUUGAAGCUGGCGAUGGGCCAUGUCGAAAGCACUCUUCUCUCUCAACUUUCUUCUUUUCUACUUCUCCUACUCCUCCUAUUACUACCCACCCACCUUUCUUCCCAACCCCAUACCUUUCUUCUUCCCUGGUGAUUAUACAUCUAUAGAGGUUUUGUCACACUAUCAUCCCUUAUUUUGGACAUUGUUUAUAGCUUUCUCGUGCUGCUGCAGGGUUUGUAAAUAUUUCAGCAUCCUGAUUGAUAGGAAUGGGUGCGGGAGGCUGGUUUAAGAUGAUAAUUAGCCUAAGGAAAGUGAAGGAAGAUAGAUCUAAACCAGCAAAGGUGCACUCAACCACCGAAAAAUCAAGCAACUCCAAGGGGAAGCACCAUAUUGAUAAGGAGUCGAGCAGUCUUGCCAAUGGCGCUUUGGGUAAAAGUGCCGGUGUUCAUAAGAUUCCAGUUGAGGAGAGAGCUGCAAUUCAAAUUCAAACAACAUACCGGGCAUAUAAGGCAAGAAAAAACCUGCACCGUUUGAGAGGGACAGUGAGAUUUCAGGUGAUGACACAAGGCGAUAUUGUUAGGAAGCAGGCUUCAACCACAUUGAGCUACAUACAUGCAUGGAGCAGAAUACAGGCUCAGAUUAGUGCCAGGCGGCAUUGUAUGGCUCAAGAAGGUCGGGUUAGGCAGAAGAAACUUGAGAAUCAGUUGAAACUUGAGGCAAAGCUGCAUGAGCUAGAGGUGGAAUGGUGUGGUGGCUCUGAAACCAUGGAGGAAAUCCUUUCGAGGAUACAGCAGAGGGAAGAAGCAGCAGUUAAGCGUGAGAGAGCCAUGGCAUAUGCCUUCUCUCAUCAGUGGAGGGCCAACAAUAGUCAGUAUCUGGGCCACACUUAUUAUGAUCUCGGCAAAGAAAACUGGGGUUGGAGCUGGAUGGAGCGCUGGAUAGCUGCUCGACCAUGGGAGACUCGGGUUCAUGCUCAGUCAACUCUUCCAAAGAAAGCUCAAACCAAGCAUGUGAUCAAGGUAGGAAAAAUUACAAACCCACAGACAAUGAAAACUCCAGUUCUAGUCAGGCCUGCUUUGUCUAAUGGGAAGGGAACUACAAAGCCAGCUGCCCAAGAAGCAGUGACCACUGCAGUCAGCUCUUCUCGGUCUGAAGCUGAAGAAGCAAACACCAAACAUGAACAAAUUAUCACUUAGGGAUUCGGCGGUGUGAAUUUAAAGCCAGCUCUUUUUCAUCUCAGUUUCUCAUGUUUUCCCUUUUUGGUUGGUGUGAAGGAACAUGGUUUGCUAUGCAGCACAAAGAAUAAAAGAACAGACCUCAUCUGAGACUGAUACCAUCAUAAAAUUUUUGCAUUGUAAUUAUAUCUACGUAAGAACGCUUGUACAAUUCCUUAUCUUUUGGAGCUAUUGGAUAUAAUCUAUAACUCGAGACAAAAGGAUGUUCUAAAUCA